CCCGCCAGCCAAUGGGAGCGGGUGCAUCACAGAAAGCCCGCUCAUCGUUCAGUGCGGCGACGCCGUCCGCCUCCUUACUCACCUCUUUCUCCGUGUCUUCUCACCAUGUCGCUCGCUACACUCAGGGGAGCUGUCGCCAGCGCAGGUCGUCGUGCUGCCUACAGACCGGCAGUCGGUGUAUACGGUGCGUUCUCUAUCGUCUCCUAUCUCACGAAAGGGCCUCAUCAUGUUCUGGGUAUCAUAGCCUCCGCAUCUCGCAAUGUACACUCGUCAGCACCAGCUGCAUCACCGGAAGUUCCUACACAUUCAACAAACCCUGAGGAGCCCGUCACUCACAUUGCGAUGCGAGGUUCCAACCAGCUGAGUCUGGAGACACCACAGAACAAAGCUGAAUAUGUUCUGUCGACUCUGGACAAGGUGGUGAAUUGGGCACGGCAAGGCUCGAUGUGGCCUAUGACUUUCGGUCUUGCCUGCUGUGCCGUCGAGAUGAUGCACAUGGCUGCUGCUCGGUACGACCAGGACCGACUGGGUGUCGUCUUCCGUGCUUCUCCACGACAGUCCGACAUCAUGAUUGUCGCGGGUACACUGACGAACAAGAUGGCUCCCGCUCUGCGUAAGGUCUAUGAUCAGAUGCCCGAACCCCGUUGGGUAAUUUCCAUGGGUUCAUGUGCCAAUGGCGGAGGUUACUACCACUACUCCUAUUCCGUCGUGCGCGGUUGCGAUAGAAUUGUACCGGUCGAUAUCUACGUGCCUGGUUGCCCUCCAACUGCGGAAGCGCUUCUCUAUGGCAUGCUGCAGUUGCAGCGGAAGAUGCGCCGGAACAGGAAGAGUGUUCUCUGGUACCGGAAGUAGAACAGCCAGAUAGUGGCGAGAGAUCCGGCGGUGGAUUGCGGGAAUUUUUCUGCAGCGGACGUGGACGAUGUAGAGCUUGUCGUACUGUACAAUGAGCAUCUAUGGUAGUAGCCGGGUGUCGACUAUUGACGUUGUGGUGUGAUUGAGUACGAUGCCAUCCAAAUGCCUCGGACCAGAGCCCUCAUUAAGGAACGCGGGCGAGGCAUGGUGCGGGGCGGUGACUGCCGGCGGUUAGGCGCGUAGAGGGCACUCAACGGUCACGCAUGCCCGUUUGU